AUGAGUGAGACUGUUAUAAAGCAACAGUAUCAGAUUCCUCCACCAGACGAAGAAGAAGAACUUCUGGCGAAGUUUGUCUUCGGAGACGCUACAGAUUUCCAAAAUAGUUUGGCCAAUUUCGACUUAGACUUUUUAAAUGAAGACAAUGACGUUACUCAGGAGAUUAAUGGGCAUAAAUUGGACGGAUUAGAUAAUGAGGAUGAAGCAAUGGAUCAGGUCAAUGAUGACCAACUUUUCUUUGUUGAUGAAGGUGAUGAGGUUGAACCUGUGCAUGACGAAGAUGCUAUGGAAAUUGACGAUGAAGAACAGGAAACUACGACAUCAGAAGAGGAAAGUGAUUAUGAUGAUGAGGUUGCAUGGAUAGACUCAGACGAUGAAAAGCUAAGUAUUUCCGUGAAGGAGACAAACAGAACCAAGAAACUAAGGACUUCAUAUCAAGAAUUGUCACUUAAUGGUAAGAAUUAUGUUCGCCGUUUAAGAUCCCAAUUUGAAAAAAUAUAUCCAAAACCAAAAUGGGUAGAUGAUCUUUCUUCAGAUGAAGACACUAAUGAUUCCUCUGAUGAUGAAAACGAAGAUGGAUUAGAACAUGUCAUUGAUGGUGAUAUUAAUGCCUUAUCCAAGGUUUUGAAAAGCACGUUUAAUUACAAGGAUACUACGCAAUCCAAACUAUUACCAUCAAAAAAAUUGGACAUUCUUCGUCUCAAAGAUGCCAAUAUUUCUCAUCCAUCUCAAUCUGCUAUUCAAUCAAUGUCCUUUCAUCCUACUAAACCACUAUUGAUAACUGGUGGGUACGAUAGAACCUUAAGAGUAUAUCAUAUUGAUGGUAAGACAAACCAUUUAGUGACAAGUCUUCAUUUGAAAGGUACGCCCAUACAAACAUGUUCUUUUUACGUAUCUCCAUCUGAUGAAGAACACAAGAUUUUCACUGGUGGGAGAAGACGUUAUAUGCAUUCCUGGGAUUUAUCACCUACAACAUCUUCCUCAUCCUCAUCUGCAUAUUCUUCACAGGUUGCUAGAGUAGAAAAGAUAUCCAGAUUAUAUGGUCAUGAACAAACACAACGUUCAUUUGAAAAAUUCAAAAUAGCACAUUUUUAUAAUUUUAACACCGACAUGGCUCAUGGUGUCAUCCUCUUACAAGGUAAUAAUGGUUGGAUAAAUGUAUUACAUGCUACUACAGGUGUUUGGUUGACAGGUUGCAAGAUCGAAGGUACCAUUGUCGAUUUUUGUGUGGAUUAUAAACCAUUAUCGGGAAAGAAAUUCCAAACUAUACUGAUUGCUACUAAUACAUACGGUGAAAUCUGGGAAUUUAUCUUAAAUAAGGAGAAUGGUAAAAUAUUACGCAAAUGGAAGGAUGAAGGUGGAGUUGGAAUUACCACGAUUCAAGUGGGUGGUGGUACAAACUCAUCCAGUUUUUUCCCAGCCAAUGCCAUGACUAAAGUUAAAAGUAAUAGGUGGUUAGCUAUAGGGAGUGAGAGUGGGUUUGUAAAUGUUUAUGAUAGAAAGAACCUGGGAACUGGACCAGUGGCAACUUUGGACCAAUUGACUACAACAAUAUCGUCUCUACAAUUUUCUCCAGAUGGGCAAAUCUUAUGUAUGGCAUCUAGAGCAAUCAAAGAUGCAUUGAGGUUGGUUCAUUUACCAUCAUGUACAGUCUUCUCCAAUUGGCCCACAAGUGGAACUCCAUUAGGGAAGGUGACUAGUGUGGCCUUUUCACCUCGUGGUGAAAUGAUUGCCGUAGGUAAUGAACAAGGGAAGGUGAGACUAUGGAGACUAAAUCACUAUUAA